CCCGCUCCGCUCCCCCUCCUCCCUGACUGGGCUGUGUGAAUGAAGCUCUGCCGGCUACGUGGGGCGCUAGCUCAACUUAGUGUACUGGACGCCGGAGCCGCCUGAGCGCGCUGCCCACCGGCAGCGGACACAGACUCCGCAGCUCCUAACCUCGGCGACAGAGCAAAUCAGUUGCCCGGAGUUCCGAGUGAAGUUGUACGUGUGCCCAUGCGAUAACGUCAGUGGAAACUGCCCCCCCCCCAUAAAUGAGGGAAAUACAGAAGUUGGAGCACUAAAAGCCAAUUUGGGGCUUUAGCAUAUUGCAGAAACGAGGACCACAUAGCUGUUUAUCUAUCUCAGUGCCAUUCAAGUUUCCCUGCGAAACUGGGGGGCUCAGGGAAACUGAGCCUGUGACCCCAGUGUGAGAGAAGAUACGAUCAAGAUGGCCAUGUGGCAGGGAGCCAUGGAUAACAGAGGUUUUCAGCAGGGGAGUUUUAGUAGCUUCCAGAGCAGCUCCAGCGAUGAAGACUUGAUGGACAUACCAGGAACAGCUAUGGAUUUCUCCUUGAGAGAUGAUGUUCCUCCUUUAGACCGAGAAAUAGAAGGGAACAAGUCAUACAAUGGUGGAGGAAUAGGUUCUUCAAAUAGGAUCAUGGACUUCUUGGAGGAGCCAAUACCAGGUGUAGGUACCUAUGAUGAUUUCAACACAAUUGAUUGGGUGAGAGAGAAGUCUCGAGACCGGGAUAGACACCGAGAGAUCACCAAUAAAAGCAAAGAGUCAACAUGGGCCUUAAUUCACAGUGUGAGUGAUGCAUUUUCUGGCUGGUUGUUGAUGCUCCUUAUUGGACUUUUAUCAGGUUCCUUAGCUGGUCUGAUAGACAUCUCUGCUCAUUGGAUGACAGACUUAAAAGAAGGCAUAUGCACAGGAGGGUUCUGGUUUAACCAUGAACACUGUUGCUGGAACUCUGAACAUGUCACCUUUGAAGACAGAGACAAGUGUCCAGAGUGGAAUAGUUGGUCCCAACUUAUCAUCAACACAGAUGAGGGGGCCUUUGCCUACAUAGUCAAUUAUUUCAUGUAUGUCCUCUGGGCUCUCCUAUUUGCCUUCCUUGCUGUAUCUCUUGUCAAGGUGUUUGCCCCUUAUGCCUGUGGCUCUGGAAUUCCUGAGAUAAAAACUAUCUUGAGUGGUUUCAUUAUUAGGGGCUAUUUGGGUAAGUGGACCCUGGUUAUCAAAACCAUCACCUUGGUGCUGGCAGUGUCCUCUGGCUUGAGCCUGGGCAAAGAGGGCCCCCUAGUGCACGUGGCUUGCUGCUGUGGGAACAUCCUUUGCCACUGCUUCAACAAAUACAGGAAGAAUGAAGCCAAACGCAGAGAGGUCUUGUCAGCUGCAGCUGCUGCUGGUGUGUCUGUAGCUUUUGGGGCACCUAUCGGAGGAGUGUUAUUCAGUCUGGAAGAGGUCAGCUACUAUUUUCCCCUCAAAACUUUGUGGCGUUCAUUCUUUGCUGCCCUGGUGGCAGCAUUUACUCUACGCUCCAUCAAUCCGUUUGGGAACAGCCGCCUAGUUCUGUUUUAUGUGGAGUUUCACACCCCAUGGCAUCUCUUUGAGCUUGUACCAUUCAUUCUGCUGGGCAUAUUUGGUGGUCUGUGGGGAGCUCUGUUUAUCCGCACAAACAUUGCCUGGUGUCGGAAGCGUAAGACCACUCAGUUGGGCAAGUAUCCCGUCAUAGAGGUACUCAUCGUGACAGCCAUCACUGCCAUCCUGGCUUUCCCCAAUGAAUAUACCCGAAUGAGUACAAGUGAGCUCAUUUCUGAGCUGUUCAAUGACUGUGGCCUUCUGGACUCCUCCAAGCUGUGUGAUUAUGAGAACCGUUUUAACACAAGCAAGGGCGGUGAACUGCCUGACAGACCGGCUGGCGUGGGAGUCUACAGUGCCAUGUGGCAGCUGGCUUUGACACUCAUCCUGAAAAUUGUCAUUACUAUAUUCACCUUUGGCAUGAAGAUCCCUUCUGGCCUCUUUAUCCCUAGCAUGGCUGUUGGUGCUAUAGCAGGUCGGCUUUUAGGAGUAGGAAUGGAACAACUGGCUUAUUACCACCAUGACUGGACAAUCUUUAAUAGUUGGUGUAGUCAGGGAGCUGAUUGCAUCACCCCUGGUCUUUAUGCGAUGGUUGGGGCUGCUGCCUGCUUAGGGGGUGUGACUCGGAUGACUGUUUCUCUUGUUGUCAUAAUGUUUGAACUGACUGGCGGCUUGGAAUAUAUUGUGCCUCUGAUGGCUGCAGCCAUGACAAGCAAGUGGGUGGCAGAUGCACUUGGACGGGAGGGCAUUUAUGACGCCCAUAUCCGUCUCAACGGAUACCCCUUUCUUGAAGCCAAAGAAGAGUUUGCUCAUAAGACCCUGGCAAUGGAUGUGAUGAAACCCCGGAGAAAUGAUCCUUUGUUGACUGUCCUGACUCAGGACAGUAUGACUGUGGAAGAUGUAGAAACCAUAAUCAGUGAAACCACUUACAGUGGCUUCCCAGUGGUGGUGUCCCGGGAGUCUCAAAGACUUGUAGGCUUUGUCCUCCGAAGAGAUCUCAUUAUUUCAAUUGAAAAUGCUCGGAAGAAACAGGAUGGAGUUGUGAGCACUUCCAUCAUUUAUUUCACUGAGCAUUCUCCUCCAAUGCCACCAUACACUCCACCUACCCUGAAGCUUCGGAACAUCCUGGAUCUCAGCCCCUUCACUGUGACUGACCUGACACCCAUGGAGAUCGUAGUGGAUAUCUUCCGCAAGCUGGGAUUGCGACAGUGCCUGGUUACACACAAUGGGCGUUUGCUUGGAAUCAUUACCAAAAAGGAUGUGUUAAAGCAUAUAGCACAGAUGGCGAAUCAAGAUCCUGAUUCCAUUCUCUUCAACUAGAAUCAUGGGGUUGUUCUGGAUAUAAAACAGGAAGGACAUUGCAGACCAUGGAUAUAUUUUAUUAACUGGGUACCCAAAACACAUUUCCCAUAUUUGGAUGGUGAAGUCAUAUUAGUGUGUUGUCUCUUUCCUACAAGUUAACCAGUUGCACUACAUAAUCUCUGGAAAUUAAUCUUCUCUUUAGGAGAAAAUACAGUUAGGCUUCUGUGAUACUGCAUUAGGAAGAUUUCAUGAAAGAGUAAACAAGAUUGCUAUGGUUUAAUUAUAUUUGUUUUUUUAAAAAUAUUUUUUUAAUUUAAAAGUAAUCGUUAGCCAAUAUGCAAUCACUGAAAACUAUGCAAGAAAAAUUCCAACCGUCCUGACUUAUAGCCUGCAGGAAACUCAUGAAAAAGUUACUUUUGGUGGAUCUAACUGUCAUUGGUGGAAGAUGAAGUGUAAACUAAGGGGCUUUGCUUUUCAAACCACCAAAAGGAAAGCCAGAAGGAAAAUAGUAAUGGUAUUCUCUAGACUGUGAAGAUUCAGUUCAAAUGUUAUUCUUGUUCCUGUUACAAUAUUUAGCAUUAUUAGUUUGUUCUGUUUAUGUAUGUUAAUUUUAAUUUCUGAUUAUAAGACAAUGCUGCUUUAGUUAAUCUCCUCUAAAUGAAUUGAGAGAGGUUGACUUUUAUAGCUUGCUUGUUCCUGGUACUCUUUUGAAGUGCACAAAGAUAAGUUAUAGAGCUUUCUCCUUGUCUGCAAAAAAAAAAAAAAUGGUAAUUUUCCAGAUGGUAUCUGUUAGCUAGUAGACAAGGACUUUGCCAUGAAUUUGUAGCAACGAAUGAUUUCUUCCAGCUUCCUUGAAAUGAAUGAUGAGUAAAGUUCUAAGCAAAGUCAAAGACUAGGAAUUUCACAUUUUUGUGAGGUCCUAAUUGAAACCCUUACCAGAUGCCACCUCCACGAAUGAUGGUGCUUUAGGCUUCUGGAAUAUGUAAGAACAGUAAAGGGAACUAAGUCUGGACUGCAUACUGGUAAACCAGGGAAGAUUCAGAGCUGCGUCAACAUCCUCAUGCAUUCCUUUGUAAAGACCACCAGGAUUGAAAUAACUGACACUCAUGCUCCUCCCAGUGUGAAGUACUCAUAACAGGCCAGCUGUCCCCAUGAGCAUGGAUUAGGCUUGGGAUACUUUCAAAUAUAUACAAAGCUUUGGAACAGAAUGGGCAACUGUGACUCCCUUGGGGGUCCUUAAAAUUCCAAAAGGCAAAUCCAUCCUAAGACCCAGGGGUGUGGACAAGACCUGGUGACACCAAAGGUGCUUGUAUCCAAUUGAAAAGGUGCCUGUCUCAAUUUCCUACCACACUUAGAACAGUUUUAAACAAUUUACACUAUAGGGACACCUGGUGGAAUUAAAGAGCCACCACCAUCAUUCCAACCACUAUUUCUUUUUCUAUAUAGUUUUACCCACGUGCAAUUACUCCCUUUCCAUUCUGUUCCCCUUCUUACUCUUCAGUACUGAAUCCUCCCUUUGAGGUCGAGCACUAUGGCUGGUCAAUCAUUCCUAAUAAUAACUUCUAGGGCUAGGUAAAUGGUAAACCAAGGCUCAGCAAUCAUAUGACACAUGGACUAGAGGCGAUACACAGCCCUUUUCUUUGCCAUGUGGCCCAGUUGCUGCCGCCAUGUUUCUGUUUCUGCACCAGAUGCCCAUGGCACAGUGAGACUGCAUUUUUUAAGUCUUUUCCCAGCACUUCCUCCCAUCCUUCUAGCCCAGAAUCAGCAAUCACUCAGCACAUUCCCCUAGACCCAAUCCCCAAUCACCUCAGUGUACCUCAUUUUAAAAGUUGUUGAUUCCUGAGUCUAGGACUUUUUACCCCUACUUCUUAUCUUUCCAAGAUCUGAAAUUCUUUUAUUGCUUAGAGCUAUGUAGCCAAGGCUUGUUCUGAUUUUUAUCUUUAAAAAUAUAAAGGCAACCACCAGAGUUUAUCCUUUUAAGUAUAUCACUCUAGCAUUUUAAUGAAAAAGAAAAAAAAAACAUGCUCCAGGGUACAUUGUUAUCAUAGUCAUGGCUCAAUAGCUUUAUGUCCUUUGGUCCCUUCCAUGCCACUGUUUCUUUCCUGUGAGAUGACUCUUUGCCUGACCACCCUGUAUAUUGUGUAGAGAACAAAGUUCUUAUGUGUAUAUUUCUGGUUGAAUAUGUGUCUCAUUAGCUGUCGUUGCCCACUAAAGUUUGCAAAAUGGGAAACAUGACUGUUUCUGGUGUUUGGUGGCAAGGGGAGGUUUGGACAUAUUUUAACAUGGAGCAGUGACAUGGAGGGUGUCUUGUUUGCCUUUGUUUCUUCUACGCUCUGUUCUUCAUUUUUAGAUAGAUGAGCCAGUGUUAAGGUGCUAAUUCAGAGAAUAAAUUCAAGAAAUCAGAUAACACUGUGCCAAGGUAUACUUUAGAUGCUAAGCACCGAUUGGCCCUCCAGAGAAUGACAAUGUCCCUUUGAUACCUCAUUCCUGAUAAAUCUCAUUCAUUAACCUCAGUUUCUCAGGAAUCCUUGUAGCUCAUACUCUAGAAGUAGCUAUAAUGCAUGGUGUCCAGUAUAUGUCCAAUCCUAGGGUUUGGCUCAAAGUUUGGCUAAUUGUGGCUAAAGAGCUAUACAAAACUACUAGCUCAGCACCAUGACACUCAAGAGUUUCUUGUCUUGAGGUAAAGGAAAAUGUUCUUCCUGCCAAUGCCAUUUCAGCAGUUAGACAUACUUAACCAGAAAAACAAAGCCAGUAUAUGGAGGUCUGUCAGUUGACUCAGGUGGUCACCUCAGUGGCAAAAGACUAGAUUAUUUGUAAUUUUUAAAAUGAAUGAAUUGAGGCUAGUCUAUUUGGGAUUAGAAAAUACCUGCUACAAGGGAAGAGUUUACAAAGGAAUACUAGUAAGUGCUUCAGCUGAGUUCGGAUUUUCCAGGGACAGAUAUCUGGUAGCCAUCCAGCCAUGAAAAGAGUGAGAGUUCAUAGAUUUGUAAAAACCUAAUUGCUAUAUUUUGUAUCUUCAGCUCUCCAAUUUAAAUAAUUUAAGGAAGCUGAAAAAAAUUAGUGCAUGAGGAGUUAAACCAAAGACGAGAAGUAGGGGACUGAUUAUACAAAAUAAUGGCUAUGGUAAAGAUUAUUUCUCUUUUGUUGUUUAAUUAGAAACGAGUUGCAAUGCUCUCCUCUUUCUCUGGCUCCAGCAUCCUGGCUUAGCCCUGCUAUAGAGCAGAAAUGAUAUGAUCCACAAAUCUGGUGGAUUAUCUGACAUUGACUAUACUUUGAAUUUGCAAGCUGGUAGAGGAAAUGAUUAAUUUUCUGGUUGAACUUCAAAACAAAUUGCUUUGACACCCAAGGCUAAAUGUAAAUCCUUUACAGGAAGAGUGAGAAUCCUUUUUUAAAAAAAGAAACAAACAAAUUUCUCUUGGGAGGCUAAGGCCAGAGAAUCACAACUUCAAGGCUGGCUAGGGCAACUUAGCCAGACCCCGAGACAAAAGAAAUUUUAAAAGGAGCCAGGGAUAUCGCUCAGUAAUAGAGUGCUUCUCUAGCAUGUGUAAGGCCUCAGGUUCAACCUUCAGUACACCUCCCUCCCCAGAAAAAAUACUCUAACUACGUGAGCCGAAUUAAAAUAUUCUAAAACAUUAUUUUUAAAAAAAAUCACCUCUGGGAUUACCUGGAUUUCUUUUGGGGAAGGAUUUGAAAGUGAGGACAAUAGAAAAGUCUGGGUGAGAAAGUAUAUGAACUAUGUAAGAAGUAAAGGGAACUAAGUAAGAAGGUAGAAGAAAGGCAUUCCCAUACCCCAUGCCAUGCAUCCUGGCAUUGGGAUGAACAGAAAGUGCUUGAUCAUAUACUUCAUGGAGAUACAAAGUCAAGCAAUCCCCCGAAGCUGUGCUUUCUAAGCAAACUAGAGGUUCAAAGUCAUUUUGGCUCAAGGGCCUACCUUCAGAGAGGCCUCUCCAGGACAUUUGCACCAUCUUAAUGAUAAACUUUCUUUACAUUUAUAUUUUAGCUCCCUACUCUGUGUGUAUUAUAUAUAUUGAAAAGAAAGAGAUGAGAGUUCCUCAGAUGAAAGCUCAGGAAAUGUGUAAAUUUGAAGUUCAGUCAGUGCAAGGGACCUUGAGUGAUGGCCGGAAUUUGCUCUGCUUCAGUUUCAGUUGUUUGCUCUAAGGAGAGACGUUCUGGGAAAAGUGGGUGGGUGUUAGCAACUUGAAGUUACACCUCCAGCAUUUGCUGGCUACAUUCUCAUUUCUAAACAUCUGGAUCUGGGCAAAGUUUUGAAGAGAUACAGUCAAUGGAAGUAGCUUUUCCACGGUGUAAUCUGAUUUUGCCAAAUCACCCAAGAAAGGAAGGAAGGAAGGAAGGAAGGAAUGUGCAGAGUUUGCUUUUCCAUGAUGGGACCUAUCAGAUCACCCAACCCAAUCUUACAGUCAUAGAUUCCUACCUCUAAGUUCCUACCAAAGGCCUCCAGCGUCUGUGUGACACUCAUUGAAUGAAUGCUUUGCCUAGAGUUUGGCUUUUUAAGGAGAAAUGGUAUAUGAUGAUAGAAAAAUGAGAGUUUACAAAAAACAAUUCCUGCCUCUCUCCCUCGCCCUCCUUUUCUCUCUUCUGUCUGUCCCUCCAUCAUGCCUUGAAUUCAAAUUUCUAUCCAUUUUGACAAGUAAAUUGUUUUGAAUGUGGGCAUUGUAAGGGAGAGAAAGGAUGAUUCUAAGAAAAGAACAUGGAAGCUUCUCCUAAAUUGAUGGGGCCAAGGGCACUUUGCUCCAUUGGGGCUAAAGCCACAGACACUUGUCAGGAAGGCUAAGGGCUUUAGCACCUCCAGGCAGACCCAUGAAGUAUUCAUUGCUAAACCUCAUUAUUUCUACUAGUCUACAUCUGUUGGAGUUCAUGGACAAUCCUAGGAUUUGGUGAGGGAAAUGCCAACUGGCAAAAUGGAGAAGAAGGCAGGGCCUGUGAUGAUUUUUCUAGGGUGGGAAUAUUCAGCCUCACUAUCAUAUUGAGGGUACCUCAGAUUACAUGAUCCUUCCAGAAUGCGCCUUUUCCCUCUUCCAUUUCAUGUUGUCCCCUCUUUGUACUCCCUUUCUUCCCCCUCAACCUGCCUUUUUAGUACUCAGCUUUUUAUAUAAGUAUUUACUUUUUUAUUAUGUAUUUGGUCCAUUGGGACUUAUAAUGAUUAUGAAUUUAUUCCAUUCAUGAUAAAAUAUGUUUAAUAUUUUGUUUUCUUAAACUAUCUUUAGAAGCUAUGCUGCUAACCAGGUACAGGCCAGAAAGGCAAUGGGCCCGACAGCAUCUUGGUCAUGUCACCUAAGGGUGACAACAAUGUCAUGAUGGUGAAUCUUCUUCAUUUGACCAAGACCAGCCUCCUGCUCAUACCUCUGCCCAUUCAUUUCUGGCUAUGGGAAGUAUACCAGCCAUUGGGUGAGCCACUAAGGCCAGGAGGGUCAGAGGGGCUGGGUUCCAGCCCACGGGCCACUAUGUGAAUAUCUCUGUAAUAAGCUCAUUUGUAGUGCUGGCUCCAAGUGAAGUAGCCAAAGAAAACCUGUCUGGAAGUUUUAAUUCCUGAGUGUUGGUCAAAGUUCAGCUGAAGCUAAUGUAUAGACAUCAGCACUAGCUUGGCAUCCCGAAGCUAGCUUCAACCAAAGCCUAUGGAGCCUGUUGCCAGGGGAAGCUUGGUGCUGAGCUGUUCAGAGCAGUCAUUUGAGUGUUGCCAACCCUGUAGCCUUGCUUUCUUAGCUUUAUCCUCACUUGCUUAUUCGGACGCACAGCCUGAACCAAAGCUGUGGCUCACUGCUCAAUUUGUCCUGCUCCCUGGUCAUGCAUAGUGACAUAGUGUAAAGAGGAAGAUAUGGACUGGGGAGUUUGGAGACCUGGUUUUUAUUCCCUAUGCUUCUACUAACUAGCCUCGAGAUCUUAACCGCUCUGUGCCUCAGUGUUCCCAUCUGCAAAAUGGGGAUAGUGUUAAUUGCCCUACCUACCUCACAGGGUUGUUGUGAGGAUAAACUGAGACAAUGAAUUGAAAGUACUUUGACAAGUAAGUGCUAUGCAAAUUGUAAGAAAUGGAAACAAUCAUGUUAAUGGCAAUGGAAUGGACAUUGGCAGAAGGGUUGAUGGGAUCAUCCAGCCCUUUCUCUGUGUGGCUUAAAUCCAGGUCGCCAUUGCUUUAUACAUUUUCACUUAGCACAUAUUUGUAAUUAUGCAUGUAAUAAAGCACAGCCUUAUCCAGCA